CUUAUACUCUCAUUUUAUCAGAUAUCGUCAUCUUUCUAUAUCGAGCGGGUCGUCAAGUCUUGGAAAACCGGCAGCAUAAUAAAGGCAUCAGUGCUCCUACAUCCUAAAACUUGAGUCUUCGCAGGCCAAAAUUCCUCGUCCCGGGUCCAAUUGCAGGCUGAUUCCCGUGUCAUCUUCCGAGCGCACCCAACGGGAAGGUUGUUACUAAUUUUGCCGGCGCAUCUAAAUUAACCGCCAACAUGGAUCACAGCCAUAUGGAUACGGGGAGUAGCAACGCUACGUGCACACAUGCGAUGGCAUGGAACUGGAAUGUUAUUGGCACUUGCCUCCUUGCUGAAUCAUGGCGCAUUGAAAACGAAGGGACCUUUGCAGCUUCGUGUAUCGGCGUUUUUAUUCUCGUCAUAUGCCUAGAGUUCCUCCGCCGGAUAGGAAAGGAAUAUGACAGCUUUAUACUACGGCAGUUCCAGCAGCAUCUAGCGGCGGAAGCGCGCGCAUCCAAAGCGGAAGAUUCAUGCUGUUCCGAGGCGCCGGCCCCGGGGCCACAAGUCGUCACGUUUAGGGCAACGCCCGUACAGCAGCUAAUCCGUUCUGUCAUACACGCGUUUGCGUUCGGUGCCGCAUAUAUACUCAUGCUAAUAGCCAUGUCAUAUAACGGCUACAUCAUAAUAAGCAUCAUUAUCGGCGCUGGCGUUGGAAAGUUUUUAUGCGAUUGGAUGAUCGCUAAGGUCGUGAUCGGAAAUGAAUCCCAAUCAGAUAAAGGGACCAGCAGCGGCCUGGAAGAGGCGUCCGUAUGCUGUGGUUAAUGUCAGAUUUACGUUUAGAUACCCAUCGUGUAGUUUUUGGUUCAGGUUUGCUCAGAUAAUA